AUGGCUUCAGCUCCAACAUUUGCUCCACCCAAUAAGGAGACAACUAAUUACGCCAGAUUAUGUCGCCUUUUAGUGGAUGGAGGAACCAAGGUUUUGAGAUACACCUUUGACAAGUUCCACUCCCCAGCAAACCUGUUUAAUGUUUUGAAGGCUGGUUCUGCAGAACAUUCAACUCUGCAGUCCAUCAGAAAAAGGAAAAUCAUCAAUGCCACACAGUGGGGUAAACUGUAUCCCUCUCCUCCUUCGUCUGUAACAUCAGAACACUUUGACAUCACGUUAUUGAUGGUGCUUCUAAGGAACAUCUGUGGUCUGCCUGCUCCUGCCACAGGCUGGGACGGUCUGCCACCUGCUUCAGACACGAGUGUUGAGGCUAACAUUGCCAGAGUGAAGCACUAUAGAAACUCGGUCUAUGGGCAUGCCAGCCAGGCGUCUGUGGACGAUCCAACAUUUAAUUCUUUGUGGCAGGAUAUAAGUGCCGCACUAGUUUCACUGGGUGUAGAUGCAGCUGCUGUCACUAAACUAAAAACUGAGGCUAUGGAUCCAGACACGGAGACGCAUUACCGAGAGCUGUUAAAGGAAUGGAAGAAAGACGAAGAUAGCAUUAAGGACCAACUUGACAGAAUGGAAGGUAUUAUAAGUAGUNCUGCCUGCUCCUGCCACAGGCUGGGACGGUCUGCCACCUGCUUCAGACACGAGUGUUGAGGCUAACAUUGCCAGAGUGAAGCACUAUAGAAACUCGGUCUAUGGGCAUGCCAGCCAGGCGUCUGUGGACGAUCCAACAUUUAAUUCUUUGUGGCAGGAUAUAAGUGCCGCACUAGUUUCACUGGGUGUAGAUGCAGCUGCUGUCACUAAACUAAAAACUGAGGCUAUGGAUCCAGACACGGAGACGCAUUACCGAGAGCUGUUAAAGGAAUGGAAGAAAGACGAAGAUAGCAUUAAGGACCAACUUGACAGAAUGGAAGGUAUUAUAAGUAGUGUCUUAAAUGAAUAAGUGUCUUCUUUCUAAGCUUAAAUGUACUGAACGAUGGGCUUUAGGUGGAGAUGAAAACUUCGAACUGGACAAAAAUAACUUUCCAACUACAAAGGAAGCUUUUCAUAACUACAGUAGAACCUGGAAAACUCGAACUCGGAUAACUCAAAUUCCCCGGUAACUCGAAAUAUUUUUCGUUUCCCUUCAGAGUUCGAGUUACCGGGGUUGUAUUGUAUAAACUGACAUCGAAAGGACUAUUUAUAAGCAGGUUAUAAGUAGGUUUCAUUUAACGUCUGAUGAUGUAAAGUGAUGUAAACUUUACACGGAAGGCAACAGAAGUAAGACUUUUUAGCGUUUAGAAGUAAGGAUAUAUUUCUGUUUAGAUUUAAUCAGAGAACAGAUGAGAGGGAGUGAAAUGGAAAGUAUUAGCGAGAAGAUAACAGAGGAAGGAGGUCAGUUCCCAAUGUUAAUUCUUGACUUCAUAACUUGGACACUCUUUAAUUUGAUUACUGUUUAUUGUGAUAAGGUACUCGCCAUUCUAUCAGCAUUACGUAUAUGAUCGGGUAUAUGGAGAAGACGGCCACUUCAACUGAUAUAAUCUAAACUUCUUCUCAAUUAAAGAUGUUGAUGAACAUCUUAUUUUGCUUAGUGUAUUCUUCCCCUGACAGAUAGAACAAGAGAAGACCUAAAGAGAAUAAAAAACAAGAUAGAAAACAUCAAUAAAAACUUAAAGACUUUAAUGGAAUCUCCGACCCGCGAGGAAGGUCAGUUUCCCCACACUGUAGCUCGCUGCUUAGGACUAGUAUUGCUGACUGAUCAGUGACUAUUUGUCUGUAUCACUCUUGGGCACCACAAAAACAAUUCCGCACCCAUAAGCGAAUUUCUCCAAAAGAGCCCACAGUGCUGCAAUUUAUCCAUUUGCCUUUGCUGAUUCUCUCAGCAAGUGAAAUGAGAGAUUACAUACCUUGAACUAGAUGGAAACGCCCUGGCGGCCAUCUUGGUUUCAAAUGUAGCAAGGGGUAGCUCAUUUUUCUUUUAGUUUGUAGCAAGUGUUUUUGUUUGCAGCAGUAUUUAUAUUUGCUGUAUAUCGCUUGUGCGUCACCGGGUAGUUACUCUCCCCAGAUGAAAAAGAGAUGCAGCCUUUCAAACCCAGCAAGCAUGCGAGAAAAUAACCUAACAUUUUAGUAGGAAGAUGAUCGUAACCACUAAUAUAAUUGCCCUGCUUCUCACAAUUUCAAGAGGCCUGGUAAGACUGCAGGCUGCCUUUAAAUAAAAAGAGGGCCUUUGUCAUGUUUCAUGUCGUUAUUGAAGGGACCCCUCACAACAGCUGCAGUCUGGCAUGUUGUACCCUUGUUUUUAACGGUGUGUUUUGGCCAGGAGAGAUACUAAUCGAUAAAGCUACGUUUUCGUUUGCAAAUCGCCUUCUCCCAGCAUGGUUAUACAGGUAGUUCUAUUCAUUUAUUUUACGGACUUGGAAAGAAGUAAACCAAACUGGUUUCGACAAAUAUCGACAACAAAGUUUGGUUCUCAUUUAUUCUCAACAGUCGAUUUGGUUGCCGAGCAUAUUGAAAUCAUUCGCCAGAAGUACAAACGACAUGAGGGAUGGCUCGCGCCCUUUCCUUGGUGCGAAGAAUUUCAGUUUCAACUAAGCGAUAUUUAUACACGGCUUCGUAUGGUCAGCAGAGAGAAAAAAGCGAGAGCAACAGCGCAGCAACGAGUUGUUGCAACGACUGAAAUCUUCAAACCCCACGAAGAAUGCAAACAACCCAGAAAAGUAUUGAUUGAAGGAAAGCCAGGUAUGGGAAAGACGACAUACUGCAAUAAGGUUACUUACGACUGGGCUAUAAACAUAAAAAACAAAGAAGAUGGCUUUCCGGAAUUUGAGAUGGUGCUUUUGGUGAGAUGCCGUGAUGUCGACAUCGAUUCCGACCUUUGGGGAGCCAUUGACGAUCAGCUUUUGCCAGGUGAAACUCUCCAAAAUGAAAGAGAGAAAUUCUUCGAGUUUAUUAGGCAAAAUCAAUCAAAGGUUCUACUGAUACUUGACGGAUUGGACGAGUUACCCUUGAGCAAACUGCCGGAGUUUACCGAAAUCAUACAAGGUAAAAUGCUUCCUCUAUGUUCCCUUGUGGUUACAGCGCGACACGAGGCUGGCAUACCUGUGCGAAAAAUUUGUGACACUCUGCUAGAGAUUAAAGGUUUCAGUUUUGAAGAUAGCAAAGAAUUUAUUCACAAAUAUUUUGCUGGCAAGAAAGAUUUGGCUGAAAAGCUCUUGGACAAAAUUAAAAAUGAGGAAAGGCUUAAAGAAAUGACGGGGAACCCGUUAAACACAGCACUGCUUUGCCUUCUUUGUGAAGAAUUUCAAGGUAUUUUACCUGAAAGCACAACUCAGUUGUACUUGGAAAUAGCACACUGUGUUCUUAUUAGAUACAGGAAAAAGAAAGGUCUUCCAGUCGAAAAUGAGGAUCUGAUUGAAAUCUACAAUGAUCAGUUGAAAUUCCUUGGCUCGAUAGCGUUAAACGGUCUGUAUGAUGACAACAUGUACUUUGAGGACAAAAGGCUUUCAAGUGAAAAUGCCGACGUACCUGAAUUUGGCUUUCUGUCAGCUCAACCUGGAAGCAGCAAACGAAGGCCGUGUCUGUGCUACGGCUUUACGCAUAAGAGUUUUCAAGAAUUCUUCGCAGGAUAUCAUCUUUGUUACCAGCUUGUUAGCAAAGACAUCAGUCCCUAUGUAUUAGUCACUGACACAAGAUAUUUCCGAGAGUUGAGAGAGGUAUUAAAAUUUACCUGUGGUCUGCUAGCAGUGAGAUCUGAAGAAAGUGCAGUAUCCCUUAUCCUCUGCAUAGCGAAUGAGGUAAACGAAAAAAAGGGGAGAGAAUGUUUACCUGUUGCACUGGAGUGCAUAAAAGAAUGCAAAAUUGAAAACAGCUAUUUUCAUAUAGAACUAGCACAUUACUUUGGCACAUGUCUGGAACUUCAAGAGCUUGAUCUUGCGGAUAAUGAUCUUUAUGAAUUGGAAGGUAUAGGUGAUGCUGAUGCUGCUGUGCUUGCUGUCGCGCUUGAAACAAACACAACCCUGGCAAAUUUGAAUUUGGCUCACAAUAACCUUGGUUUGGCUGGUGCCGAGUCACUUGCUGCAGCGCUUAAAACAAACACAACUCUGACAAAUUUGGAUUUGUCUUGGAAUAACCUUGGUCCUGCUGGUGCAGAGUUACUUGCUACAGCGCUUAAAACAAACACAACUCUCACAAAUUUGAAUUUGUCUCGUAGUAAACUUGGUCCUGCUAGUGCUGAGUCACUUGCUAAAGCGCUUAAAACGAACACGACUCUGACAAAUUUGGAUUUGUCUGGCAAUAACCUUGGUCCUGCUAGUGCUGAGUCACUUGCUACAGCGCUUAACAUUAGCUCAACUUUGGCGAAUGUGAAUUUGUCUGACAAUAACGUUGGUCCCACCGUUGCUGAGUCACUUGCUACAGCGCUUAAAACAAACACAAGUCUGACAAAUUUGAAUUUGUCUGUCAAUAACCUUGGUCCUGCCGGUGCUGAGUCACUUUCUACAGCGCUUAAAACAAACACAACUCUGACAAAUUUGGAUUUGUCUGGCAAUAACCUUGGUUUGGCCAGUGCUGAGUCACUUGCUACAGCGCUUAAGACAAACACAACUCUGACAAAUUUGAAUGUGUCUUGGAAUAACCUUGGUCCUGCUGGUGCUGAGUCACUUGUUACAGCGCUUGAAACAAACACAACUCUCACAAAUUUGAAUUUGUCUCGCAAUAAACUUGGUCCUGCUGGUGCUGAGUCACUUGCUAAAGCACUUAAAACGAACACGACUCUGACAAAGUUGGAUUUGUAA